GUUUGUACUCAACCAUUCGGAUAUUUAUAGAUGUUAAGGUAUUCAUACAUAGACUGGACUAUUUCACUUACUUGACUAAGGAAGAUGCCAUGAGUCCUCCGGAUUAGAAACUACUCAACCCAGUUCAUAAGGACAUUCAUUGCCCCUCACCAAAAGCCCACCACCACCAACCCGCUCACUCAACCCGCCGCAAUGUCGUCCUCUAUAGGCCACCCCCUGAGGGUUCUCCUCUACACGAUCAAGACCAUGGCACUAGGCCACGUCAUCGUGACCUACGGGUACAGCGCAGGGUACGGGUGGGGACCGUCCAUGCUUCCGACCUUCCAGACGCGGAACGAGUGGUUCAUCACGGACCGGUCAUACCGUCGGGGCCGGGGCGUGCGCGUGGGCGACUGCGUCGUCUACUCCAUCCCCGUCGAUCCAGGCGAGCAGGGCGUCAAGCGCGUCAUGGGCAUGCCGGGCGACUACGUCCUGCUCAACGCGCCGGGCGUCGGGAACGGGAACAUGAUACAGAUCCCUAAAGGUCACUGCUACCUAACCGGAGACAACCUCCCCUGGUCUCGAGACAGCCGCGACUUUGGCCCCCUGCCUAUGGGUCUGAUCAAGGGCAAGGUGAUCUCUAAGAUGGUCGUGGAUAGCUGGUGGCCGUUUGACUGGUUCUCGAGAGUAGAAAAUGGUCUUCACCCUGUCUCGGCCGACGAUUCGCCAAAACCGUGACAUACCCCCCUUUCUCUUAUGGGUCAAGUCAAGCUACCUAUCUUAAAGCCGAUCAUCUGUUAUAUAUAUUUUUGUAAUAUA